GACAUAUUUGCUUUACCUACUGAACUGCACUACAGUUCGAUAAGGUUUCGGAAACGUUUAAUUCUACACCUAGUUUACCCAGAAAGCUGCAGAAAUGAGUGGCAUUGUCAAAGAAGAGACCCGCAGUGUUUCUCCCCACUGCCCCAAACCAAAUGAAUCCGAAGAGCCAGAAGGUACAGCAGUGGAGGAGACCACUAUGGAAAAAAGCCAGCCUGGAGAGAUGGUUAUUACCAAAGAGAUGGAGGAGGAGGAGAAGCAUUUAGUGGAGGAGGGAGAGAAGAAAGAAAGAGAAAUGAUGGAGGAGGCCAGGCAUACGUGGGAAAAAGAUUCUCAAGACAUGCGUUUUAAAAGACUUCAGCACCUUUUGGAGAAAAGCAACAUUUACUCAAAGUUUCUGCUCACAAAGAUGGAACAACAGCAGCAAGAGGAAAAACUUAGAAAAGAGAGACUGGAAAAGAAAGCUUCUAGUCAGAAGCAAAAGGGCAAUGAUAAAAAGACCGUAAAAGUUGAGAGAAAGAAGCGUGAAAGGGAGGAGGAUUACAAAAUCGCAGAUGUCAUUUCCAAAGAGGAAAUUCUGUCAAAAGCUAAAAAACCAAAAAUGGAAGAGGAGGCACAUACAUCAGUAAAGCUGGAAGCUGAGGAUAUAGAGCAGCUGAGUGACACAAACUCAGAUAUUAAAGGCAGGCUGUCUGAGACUUUGCGGGAAAACAGCAAGCAGAUGCUGGAUCCAGAGAGAACUGUGAACGGCCAACCGGUACCUGCACAGCAACCCAAUCUCUUCUCUGGGGGUGUGAUGAGGUGGUACCAGGUGGAAGGCAUCGAGUGGCUCAGGAUGUUAUGGGAGAAUGGUAUCAAUGGUAUCCUGGCUGAUGAGAUGGGUCUUGGCAAAACCAUACAGUGCAUUGCCCAUAUUGCAAUGAUGGUUGAGAAGAAGGUCCUUGGGCCCUUCCUAGUUGUGGCUCCUUUGUCCACUCUUCCAAACUGGAUGUCGGAAUUCAAGCGCUUCACCCCAGAGGUGUCCGUCCUGCUGUAUCAUGGUCCUCAAAAAGAGAGGAUGAACCUGGUGAAAAAGAUCCGUCAGCACCAGGGUCCCCUCAGAAUGUGCCCUGUUGUUGUUACAUCCUUUGAAAUAGCCAUGAGAGACCGGAAGUCUCUUCAGCAUUUCCACUGGAAUUAUCUGAUUGUGGAUGAGGGCCACAGGAUUAAAAACUUGAACUGUCGGCUGGUGCAAGAACUAAAGAUGCUGCCAGCUGAUAACAAACUGCUCCUGACAGGAACCCCCCUGCAGAAUAACCUGUCUGAACUGUGGUCUCUCCUCAACUUCCUCCUUCCAGAUGUGUUUGAUGACCUGAAAAGUUUUGAGUCUUGGUUUGACAUUAGCACCAUCACUUCCGACGCAGAAAAUAUUGUGGCUGGUGAGCGAGAGCAGAAGAUCCUUCACAUGCUUCAUCAGAUCCUCACACCCUUCCUUCUGAGAAGACUGAAGUCAGAUGUCACACUGGAGGUUCCACCUAAGAAAGAGAUUGUUGUGUACGCACCCCUCACCAACAAACAGGAGGCCUUUUACAUGGCCAUUGUUAACAAGACUAUAGCAAAGAUGCUGGGCCAAGAGAAGGUUGAUUCGGGGCCUGUGCAGCUGACGUCCAGUGGCCGGCCAAAACGCAGGACCAGGAAGAUGGUGGACUAUUCUGAGAAGGACACGGAUUCUGACUCUGUGCAAGACCUUGAGAAAUAUCUAGAGAGAGUUCAGAAAGAGAUGGAGAGUCAGGAAAACCCCAGUCCAGUGAUGGAUGUGUUUGUGCCGGUCGAUUCUCAAAUCAACUUGAAACUGCAGAACGUACUGAUGCUGCUGAAGAGGUGUUGCAACCAUGCUUACCUGAUAGAAUAUCCUCUGGACCCCGCCACUGGAGACUUCAAGAUUGAUGAGCAGUUGGUGGAAGCAUCAGGGAAGUUUCUUAUCCUGGAUCGAAUGCUUCCUGAACUGAAAAGAAGAGGGCACAAGGUGCUGAUUUUUAGCCAGAUGACCUCCAUAUUGGAUAUUCUGAUGGAUUACUGUUAUCUCCGGGGUUAUGAGUACAGCCGACUGGAUGGCUCAAUGAGUUAUACAGACCGAGAUGAGAAUAUGAAGAAGUUUGCUGCUGAUCCAGAGGUGUUCCUCUUCCUCCUGAGCACUCGAGCUGGUGGUCUCGGGAUCAACCUCACAGCUGCCGACACAGUCAUCAUAUUUGACAGUGACUGGAAUCCUCAGGCAGAUUUGCAGGCACAGGAUCGGUGUCACCGUAUUGGGCAAACAAAGCCUGUGAUGGUUUACCGCCUCAUUACGGCCAACACCAUUGAUGAGAAGAUCCUGGAGAGAGCCUCUGCCAAGAGAAAGCUAGAGAAGAUGGUCAUUCAUAAAAAUAAAUUUAAAGGUUAUAAAGCAGAACUCAAACAGACCAAGAGCUGCAUGGAUGUAAAUGAGCUUGUAGAACUGCUGAAGUCCAGAGACUACGACAGGGCAGUGAAAGGCACUGAAGGAAAGGUCAUCAGUGACAAAGAUCUGGAGAUCCUGCUGGACCGCAGUGAUUUAACGAAUCAAGCCAAGAACCGUUUGAAACAGGAGAAGGACAGGGUGUUUAAAGUUAUUGAGACCAAAGAUGACAAUGCUGACAUCAGUCUGUCCUGAGAGCUUAGACACUUGAAGCUUGCCUUUAGGCCAAAGUUGAGUUUUUCCCACUGCUUAAACUGAUCAAGCAACGUUAACUGGUAUAAAAGCUGCCUGCUGGUUAUACAGAAAGAUUGAGAUCUUUUCUAUUUUAGACUUUUAUGUAAACCACCACUGCUGCUUUUAAUCAGUCCAUCCUUGGUUGUGAAUUUAUUUUAUCAGUUUUAACAUAUAAUACCAGUUUUUUCGUUUCAUGUCUCUUUUUUUGAGGAGGGGGGAUUUGCACUAACGAAAAGAAUCCCCUACUUUGGCUUCUCUGUAAAUACUGUUGUACAUUUCAUAUGUAGUUGACUGAAUAGAAUUCGUUUACAUGCUAACUGCUUCAAAGCACUUUGCUAGAAUACUGUAGAACACAAACGUUCCUUUGUUUUUUUAUGUCUUUAAAAUAUAAUAAAUAUUUUAUAUUCA